AUGACACCAGCCCAGGCAUAUACAGCUCCGACUGGCGGAUCGUCUAUCGCAGCGGAAAUGACAAUAGACUUGGACCGCGACGAGCUUCUAGAUGCCUUCCAAAGAGCAAAAGACCUCAAUCUUUGCCCAAAUCGCUUAUGGGCCGUGGCGGGAGAGGAGCUACCGAAUGUGUUCCCGGACUGCGAGUUGACCCCUGUUGAGGGAGAUACUGUUCAAGAGCACGAGGAGUGCACAGCCGGGUUUUGCGAAUACGCAGUUCGGGAUUUCACGGCCGUGGAACAGCGCCACGAGUGCAAGAAUACAGGUGUCAUUGCCGAGGGAUGUACGCAAAUCAGAUACAAAUUCCCCAGUGCCUUACGAGAUCGCGCCGCACUUGAAGGGAAGCCCACAGCAUGGUCUCUAUCUGGGAAUACCUUGCUUGAACACUCUCGGCCAUACAUGGCGAUCUCACAUGUGUGGGCUGAUGGAACAGGAACCGGAGCCUGGCAAGCCGGAACAGUUAACGAAUGUCUUUAUGGGUUUUUUAAGAAUAUCGCAAGGCAUUUUUCAUGCGAGGGAAUAUGGUGGGAUACACUUUGCAUUCCUCGCGAAAAGGCCGCCCGAACCUUGGCAAUCCAGAAAAUGGAAAAGAGCUACGAAGACGCCCAAAUCACGUUGGUGCACGAUUGCUUCCUCCGAAAUUGGGAAUGGGAUGUUCGGACCGCAUGUUUUGCAAUAAUCAUGUCGCCCUGGUUCAGUCGAGGUUGGACUGCACUGGAGCUGAAGAAGUCGCAGAAGAUCAAGGUCAUCUUCAAGGGGCCUUCCGGCCCGGUCAUCAAAGAUCUUGAUGAGGAAAUUCUUGCUCAGGCUGAUGAACCAGACGGACCGAGGAAGGCUGGAUCUCAGAUCAUCCAAAACCUCCGGAAAGAGUUCUCCGCACUCAAACUGGAUGAUCUUUUAACUGUAUUGCGAUCUCGCUAUACGUCAUGGCCGAAGGACAUGUCUGUCAUCUCUGCACUCCUAGCAGGCGUCACUGCAGCCGGGAGCCAACAGGAGACAUACAGAAAAGUUGUUCGGAAGUUUGGGUCCAUUGCACCAGGACAUCUAUUCCACUACAGGGUGACCAUGUCGAAAGGGCUCACUUGGUGCCCGACCUCGUUGUUUGACAUGCCCCCAGACCCCGGCAAUGCGUCGCUUAAACUUUCACCGGAUGGCAGCCUUGUGGGAAGAUGGCGCGUUCUUCCGGCUGAUCAAUGCGCUGACCUCGAGGAGAGAUGCUGGUGGGGAAACAUGCAUCCUCUGAUAAAGCCCGAGGUUCAAGGUGCUCUGAGGCGCAAUUGGAAAUGCCAACUCCUAGCCGAGUGUGGCAAAGUGCACACAACAAGGGCUUUGCUCGUGAGAGAGACAGAAGUGCCGAAUCUAUAUGAUUAUAUCGGCGCUUUAUCCUUCCGGCAAGAAUUCAGCGACGUUGAAAGUCUGUGGGUUGAAAGGAAUGUCACGAUAUCCGGCCAUCGGUUGCAAGAUGAGCAAUCUUCGCCUCAGAAUCCCGAUGUCAGUUUGGUGAGAAGGCUGACAAAACCUUUUGAUGCGAGGAAAGAUUUUACACGCGACAGUACCUCAGACACUCACUUGCUACACACUGCUAUCUGGCGACGAGAAUAUGAAACUUUCUUGGAUCUCAUCCAAAGGACCGAUCUAUCCAUCACGGAUGCCCUGGGAAAAGGACCACUUCAUCUCGCUGCAGAACGCGGUCAUCCACGGAUGGUCCAGGACUUAGCUUUCCGUGUGGAACUGAAUUCUCAGUGUUUCAAGGGCCAAACAGCGUUACAUAGUGGUGCUUGGGGUGGCUCUACUACAGUGGUCGCCACACUUCUGCAAACCGCCAUCGACAGAACAAUCAGGGAUAAGGAUGGAAACCUUGCUUUGCACAUCGCAGCUCGAUUUGGCCAUCUCGAAGUUUUCAAGCUUCUCCUUGAAGAUGAUGUCGAUAUCAAAGGUCACAAUGAUCUGACGCCAAUGCAUUUCGCCACAAUAUAUGGCCACGCAGAAAUAGUGAGACUUCUGAAUAGUGCUGAUUUGGAGGCUAGGGACGACAAGUUUGGCUGGACUCCGUUACAUUCCGCUGUUGAUUCCGGCAAUAUCGAGAUUGUCAAGAUCUUGAUCCAGCGCGGAGCUGAUGUCAACGCGAUGGAUCAUCAGGCGUGGUGGACACCGUUGCACAUCGCGAUGAUCAAUGGACACACAGAAGUGACUCGGAUACUUUUUGAGAAUGGUGCUUCAAUGUCCUGCGAUAAAUGUGGUUGGAUGCCAAACUUCUUCGCGGAGGCCAACGGGCAUACAGAUGUUUUGAACCUCCUUCGCACGGUAUCUAGCCAUCUGAGCUCUGCAAGAAAUUUGAAGUGGAUGCCAUUACAUUGCCGGGACUUAAACAGGCAACCAGGUCUAUCAAGGCUGUUGGCGGAAGAUGGCGUGGAUAUUUAUGUCCAGUCCAUAACAGAAGACUGGUCAGAAAUGGGUUUCGCCGCCAAGUAUAACCUCAAUGCCACCAUCCAAUUUCUUCUCCGACGUGAAGAUCAUUCAAACCCAAAGGAUCGCAUAAGACUUCUGCAUGAUUCUUCUCAACAUGGUUAUGAAGUCCUAAUGCGGUAUCUACUGAAUGAAGGGAUUGACGUUGAGUCCCGAUCUCCGAAUGACUUGACUCCAUUGCAUCUUGCUUGCCAGGGAGGCCAUGAAACCAUUGUCCGGAUACUGCUCGAUGCUCGGGCUGAUCCAAAUGCCCAGCAUGAAGCCUCCAACCAAAGACCCCUUCACAUUGCCGCUUUGGAUGGUCAUGUUGGAAUUGUUGAAUUGUUGCUUGAGGCUGGUGCCGAGAAAGAUGCAACAGGCUUCGGUGGGGUAACGUCGAUACACCUUGCAACUGUGGCGGCGCGGGAAGAUUGCGUGCGGCUUCUGCUUAAAGCCGACGUCAAUCUUGAAAUCUCUGGGACUCCAAUGGCAUCAAAGGGAAGAGCUCAGACACCACUUUAUACUGCGGUCCGGUUAGGCCAUGACGCCAUUGCAAUGCUGCUGAUCGAAGCCAUGGCCGAUAUCGAGUCACCAAUCCAAAACUUUCCGACAAUGCUUCACUUGGCUGUUGCCUUGAAGAGUGUGCCUAUCACAAAGUAUUUACUUCAGGCGGGGGCAGAUCCAAAUUCAGCAAAGAAAAGUCGCUUUGGUGGAUCAAAACCACUCCACAUUGCUGCAGUGUCAGGAAAUGAGGCGAUCAUGCAGUUGCUCCUCGAUGCUGGAGCCGACAUAAUGGGGACAGGCAAGGUUGGAAAGACAGCUCUACAUUCCCUUUGCGAGAGGUCCUUUCUCGGAGAGGCCAUACCAUUCUUGCUCAACGCCGGGGUUGAAAUAAAUGCACAGGAUGAGCUAGGUCGGACUGCGCUACACAUGUUUUGUCAUCGAUCUAGCCCCUCCAAGUUGGGAACAAAAGAAGGUACACUUCGAAAGCUCCUCGAAGCCGGACCCGAUUUGGAGAUCAAAGACAAGGCGGAAAAGACCGCACUACAUUAUGCUGUUGCAAAUAUAGAUACCAUCACAGAUCUCUUGAUUGAUGCCGGGGCCAAUAUAGAGGCAAAAGGUCCAAUGAACCAAACCCCUCUAUUCAUGGCUAGGCUUGGCCCUGCAGAGAGUCUCCUCUCCUCUGGGGCAGAUGUUGAGGCAAAGGAUACUCGAGGCCAGACCCCCAUCAUCUAUGCUUCCAUGCGCGGCGAUGCAGGGGCCAUGUUUACAAUGGUUGGUUAUGGGGCUUCUAUCACCGCCAAGGACAAAAAAGGAAAAGGUUACGAAUCAUAUGUGGAUGACGAUGACGGUGCAAACCCUGUAGCCUGGGACAUUUUACGGCAUGCUAGUCCAAGGACGCGAGUUCCUCGGUUCUUUCGACGUCGCAGGGACAAAUCCGACUAUAGUCUUGCAGAUGCUCUUCGCGCUGUUGAGGCUCCGGUUGAGCCCGUUGUUGACUCCGCUGUUGAUGAAGAUCACAACUCUUACAGUAUAGGGGUUGACGGUGAUCCUGUACAAAGUUAUCACGAUGUUCUUCAACGCGCUAAGCCUGACUAUCACAUUGAUGAUGUGGCUGACUAUCAGAGUGAUAAUCCUACUGACUAUGGCAGUGGCGAUGAGGCUAGACAUCGUCCUGACCUUGAUGAUCUUGAGGAUGGUCCUGGGGAUGUGCUUGAUUAUGACACUGACGAUUCUUAUUCCGACGUUCUCGACUAUGGGGGUGAUUCUGACGAUGCCGGAAGGGGCAAGCGUAUUUUGCGAUUCUUCAAGCUUGGUCGGUCCAGUACAAAGUUUGAAGAUGAUCAUUUUGAUGGUUUGGAGGAUGACCACAAUGACGGUGAUGACGGUGCCGGCAAUGGCGAUCUUGAAAGUGAGGGUAGCUAUGACAACACCCGUAGGCAGGGUGCGGAAAAGAAAAAUCGAUUCUCACGCCUCUUCAAACGUGGUUAA